GUCUUACUGACAGUAGUUGUCAGUGGUCCUGGCGUCACUGACAGUAGUUGUCAGGAGAUGGACCACACUGGGGCCAGGAGACGCCACACUGACAGUAGUUGUCAGGAGAUGGACCACACUGGGGCCAGGAGACGAUACAAGGCCACACAGGCCCUGGUGGCGGGAGUCGUUAGUGGUGACCAGGUGCUGGUGUUGGCCGCCCUCGCCCUGGGUGCUGACACCUCCGUCACGGUGGAGGGCCGUAUUACCCAAGAGCCACUCUGCAUGUUGAGCGUGGCUGCUGGGAGGGGUCACACUCACCUGGUGCCUCACCUGCUGGCGGCGGGACUCCCCGUGGAGGGUUCAGGGGAGUCCUCCCUCACACCUUUACACUGGGCGGCUGGCAGCGGUCAUGACCAGGUGGUGAGGCAGCUGCUCAGCGCCCAGGCUCACCUGCAGGCCAGGGGUCUUGAUGGUGUGACCGCACUACAUGUGGCAGCGCAGCAUGGUCAUGAGUCGUGUGUGGUGACGCUACUUGGUGCCGGCGCUGACCCUGACUCUCGGGAGGAUUAUGGUCGGUCACCACUGCACUAUGCUGCCGUAGGAAACCACACAGAUGUUGUGCAGGUGUUGCUGACAGCUGCCGGAUGUGACCGUCACGCUGUAGACAAGUACGGGGAGACAGCACUACACGGGGCAGCGAGGGGCGGAGGUCUGGAGGCAACACAGUGCUUGGUUGUGGCCGGCCUCGACCCUCGCGCCAGGAACAUGGCGGGAGACACACCUCUGGACUUGGCGAGGCUGGCGGGUCGUGACCGUGUGGAGUGGUGGCUGAGGAAGCUGCCUCGCCCCCACCCUGCUGCUGGGACACCCACGCUGCUCUUAGUGGUAAAUACUCUUGCGGAAGAAUCAACACCCAACACCAGCACACUCU